CUAACUUUCGGUCAACCUUCCCGGACUUUAACAGUACUGGAGUGAGCGGGUCCCUGCCUGGGGGUCCCGUCAUUACAUGGUAAAAGAACAGUUGAGUAUUGCAGGUACUACACGGCACUAGAGAGGACUUGGUUCUUAGACCACUGCAGCGAUGCCCAUCUCAAGGUGUGGGAAGCCAACGUGGCCGUCCACAAGCGGGGGAUUGAACUCAUCCGGCCGGGUGCCAAGUGUUCCGAGAUUGCCCAAGAACUAAACGAAAUGUUUUCCCAGUUCGGCCUUCUGAAGUACCGCAUGUUUGGCUACGGUCAUUCCUUCGGUAUCCUCAGCCACUACUACGGGCGUGAGGCUGAUCUGGAGCUACGUGAGGAUAUAGACACAGUACUGGAGCCUGGCAUGGUUGUGUCUAUGGAGCCCAUGGUGACCAUCCCCGAGGGCGAGCCAGGCGCCGGCGGCUACAGGGAACAUGACAUACUUGUCAUUAACGAUGACGGUACCGUAGAUGACAUCACUGGCUUCCCCUUCGGACCAGAACAUAAUAUAUUUAAGAAAUAAACCUUUGUUCAUUGA